AUGUCGUACUACAAGUCCCUGGAAGGUGAUCCUGCUGCUGCAGGAGUCGCCAAUGGCAGUCCCUCCUUCACGCCAACAUCCGCCUCGACGGCAGAUCCCUCUUUUGCACCAAGAGUCGACAGGUUGCAACUUCGACAGCUGUUCCGCGCGGUGCUUCUGGUGUCUGGCAGCUUCUUUCGGGACAAGAAGAGUAGAUCGAAAGCAUGGACGUUGGCAUUCACCCUGUUGGUCACGAUGCUGCUCUUCUCGUUGAUGUCCAUGCUCUUUCUCACCACGCUACGGGAGUUCCAGAAUGCGCUGCACGACCGCGACCAAGACCAGUUCUAUGCUGCACAGCUGAAAAUUGUGAAAGUUGUCUUCAUGAUUAUGCCGGUUCUGUGCUUGCGCUACUUGCUCCGCGGCACCCUCUCAUUGGAAUGGCGGAGGUAUUUGACACACAUCCUGCUGAGUCGCUACAUCAACGAGAAGAAGCUCUACUAUCGCUUAAAACUGCUGGGUCGGAACUUGGACAACCCGGAUCAACGCAUCGCCCAGGACACAGGGGAGUUCACCGACACGAUCCUGGAGUUUGCCACGACCGUGGCACAGCAAGUGCUGCUGAUCGCGGUCCAAUCCGGUAUCUUGAUUUCCAUCUCCCAUGACUUGUUCUACUUCAUUGUGAUAUAUUCCUUGGUCCUGAACGUGCUGUCCUUCGUGGUCUUUGGGGGGCCCUUCACGCGGCUGCGUCGAGGCGUGUUGGCACAAGAGGCCUCCUUCCGCUUCACUUUGGUCCGGGUGCGCGAGCACGCUGAGCCGGUGGCCUUCUUUGAUGGACACCACUUCGAACUGGCACGAUGUCAAGAGAUCUUUGGCAAGCUCAUGGUCACACUCUAUCGUUUGCUGUACAUCUCCAUCAGCUUCGGCCUCAUCGAGGCCGCAGCACAGUAUAUCGCCAAUGUGGCGCCCUUCAUCGUUUUGGCAGACAAAUACUUCCGUGGCUCCAUGGACUUCGGCGCCAUGAUGGAGGCCGCUACCGUCCUGGGCGCCCUGCAGGGCGCCUUCACCACGCUGGUGACGCAGAUGAGCUCUAUCACCAACAUGGGAGCUCAAGCCAUUCGUAUCCAGCAACUUUGGGACAUGCUUGACGAGACCGACCUGGAUGACACGGGGAUCAACUCGGCGGUCUCGCAGGGCGUGCUGCUCGACCUGGACGAGUUGACCAUCUAUACUCCCAGAGGUCCGAGGCCGUUGGUCGAGAAGGUCACCUUCAAACUGUUCAAAGGCGACUCGUUGCUGCUCUGUGGACCCAGUGGUGUGGGCAAGAGCUCGUUGCUGCGGGGCCUCGCGGGGCUUUGGCAUCGAGGAAGUGGCACGAUCCGUCGCUGCGCUCCACACGAGAUGUUCUUCUUGCCGCAGGAGACGUACCUUUGUUUGGGCUCCUUGCGGGACAAUGCCACCUACCCGAAGGCGCUGUCAGAGAGCCCCAAAGAUGAGGAGAUCAUUCAAGCUUUGGAAGAUGUGAACCUCGCCUACUUGCUGCCGCGCUAUGGCCUUGAGGCGCCGAUCGACUUCGACAGCUGCCUGAGUGGCGGGGAACGUCAACGGCUGGGCUUCGCCCGGCUGCUGGUGGCCAAGCCGAAGUUCGCAGUUCUGGAUGAAGCCACCAGUGCAUUGGACAGCCAAAACCAGGAGGCGAUGUACUGUAAUCUUCAGAGGCAUGUGGAUGGCUACGUGUCCGUGGGCCAUACAGCGUCACUGGAGGCCUUCCACACCAUGAAGCUCUUGUUGGAAAGGACCUCGGCGCCCACUGCAACAUGGCAUUUGGAACUGUAUAAUCAACAGCGGCGAUCGGCCGCGGGGGCGGGCCAAGCGCAGGUUGCUUCGCGUGCGGCGAAUGAAAGCGGUUCCGCUCCCAGCAGUGCGCAGGGCUUGUCAAAGGGUGCAGAGGGCGGCGCCGACUGGCCAGCCGACCAGCACCGCUUCGGGCGUCCUUCCAACGCCACGGCCAUGUAG